UCUCGCAAGCCAGUCUGAGCGGAUAACGAAAGCGAACGGAGAAACAGAUCGAAUAGAACGGCCGAGCAACACACGGCAUAUAGCCUACUUCAACACACGGGAUAUAGCCUACUUCAGGGGUUGAUAGAAGAUUGUUUGCAUCGACCGUCCAACUAUUUGGAAGAUUUUAUCAUCACCGUCUGGGUAUAAAAGGAGAACACUGAAAGUGAAGUGUUUAAAGAGCCGAUGGCCUGGGAGAAGAAGAUAUCAUUAGGGGGGAGGGGAGGGGGUGUUCCGUUGGUUGUGUUACAUUGAUGUUAAAUUAUUGUUACAAAGUGUGCCCAUGUCUUUGAUAGCCAAAACUCAAGAGUAUUUUCAAUUGACUUUAACUUGUCAAAGAGAGAUGGCUUAUAGAAUCAAUAAAAUAGAAUAUAAACAAUGUUUUCUAGAAGAUCAUGCUUUGUGUUUUGUAUGCUUAGCCUAUUAACAACAUCCCUAAAUUGCCUCAGUAGAAACCACCAAUCUCUGUAUCAGAAGAAGAAAAUGAAAUGUAUCCAAUUACUGUCUGUGUAGAAUGUUGCCCAAUGGAUCCUGAAUGUUCAUGAUCAAAGUGUGUGUGGUAGAACUGCACUUUGCACUUCAAAGUGUGUGUGGUAGAACUGCACCCCCCCCCCCCCCAUACACACACUGCACCCCCCCCCCCCCCCCAUACACACACUGUACACAACCCUCAUUUACCCAAACAACUACUUCUCAUUCUGUGAAUGUUCAAAAUACACUGCUUCACCUUGAGGGCUCAUAUGGUAUGUUGGGAAAUUAAAUUUCCUCAAUGCGACCUUGUAGAAGGAGCUUUGAUUAUAGAGGCUGUAGUGUGAGCUGGUCCGUAAGGACAAGGAACCUGCCUUCCUUACUAUAAUGACCUUUAAAAGACCUGAGAGCUGGGAGGAGAACAGUAUUUCAUUCUGUUGGCUGUAGCUGGCUGGCUGUCUCUAGUGGUUUGGUUUUUAAUACCGUACUUCUAUCAGAAUAGCUAAAGACUGAAGGACAACCACAGAACCAAUAGUAUUCUCACCUUCGACUGCUGUAGCUUUAGGCAGGUGUGUAGGAAAACCCCAAACCCUUUACUGAUCUGUGUGUGUGUAUGUGUGUGUGUGUGUGUGUGUGUGUGUGUCAGAGCCAGGAUGUCCAGUGAGGUGCAGCCCAGCUCAAGGCCGGACGACAGUCCCAACACCAGUGGGGGAAGCUGGGAUGUGGAGCAGAGAGAGGUGGCCCCUCCGGUUCAGGAGCAGGGUCAGGAGAGGGAUCAGACAACGCCCAAGAAGAAAGAGGCCAAGAUAUCCAGCAAGACUGCUGCCAAGCUCUCCACCAGCGCCAAGAGGAUUCAGAAGGAGCUCGCUGAGAUAACCUUGGACCCGCCACCUAACUGCAGUGCUGGUCCGAAAGGAGACAACAUCUAUGAGUGGAGAUCCACCAUCCUGGGGCCACCAGGCUCUGUGUACGAGGGAGGGGUCUUCUUCCUAGAUAUCGCCUUUACACCAGACUACCCCUUCAAACCACCCAAGGUGACGUUCCGUACCAGGAUCUACCACUGUAACAUCAACAGUCAGGGUGUGAUCUGUCUGGACAUCCUGAAGGACAACUGGAGCCCCGCCCUCACCAUCUCCAAGGUGCUGCUGUCCAUCUGCUCCCUGCUCACUGACUGCAACCCUGCUGACCCUCUGGUAGGAAGCAUCGCCACCCAGUACACAACCAACAGACCAGAGCACGACAGGAUAGCCAAACAGUGGACCAAGAGAUACGCCACAUAGUCUGACAGCAAGGACCUCCACUGUCCCCCUCCCAGACCCACCGCCACCACCCAAAAUCUGUGGAGCACACCGACCCCUCAGCCCUCCGCCCCUAGCCUGGCCCCAGAUCUGGUUGUGUUGUAUAGCCAACUCCUAUAGUCAUCGCAUGCCAAACAAUGAAUUAUUGGUGUGUUUGGUAUGACAAUGAUGAAUUACAUUGACAUUUAAGUCAUUUAGCAGACGCUCUUAUCCAGAGCGACUUACAGUUAGACCAAUAGUAUUUGGCUAUACAGCACAAACAGAUUUGGGACCAAGCUACUUGCCCCCCACUCUGAGCCCCAAAUCUGUGGAAGCACACCCACCUGACCUGAUCCCCCCCCCCCCCCCCCCCCCCUUCCUCAUCACAGAUGGCACCUUCAUUGGGGAGUACGGACUCAUAGUAAUGGCUGGAACUGAGUGAAUGGUAUCAAACACAUGGCACACCCAACCCUCCUCUGACAACAUGAACUGUUAUUUGUCCCAUGCAGACACUUGAUCACUUCUUUUUUUUUAUACAAAGAGUAUAUUGGGAAUUUCUUUCCAAUACACCGAAUGUUGAUAUGGUCAUGAAAGCUUUAAUACUGUUAUUCUUGUUGUUGUUCGUAUUAUUACAUCAUUUAUUGCUUUUUUUAUAUGCAUUAUCAUGAGUUUUUUUAAUACUAGACCCUUUAUGUGAUUGAUAAAAAAUGUAUUCUAUUCUAGUGCAUUCUAGUCCAUGCAUUCUAGAGCCCAUGCAUUAAAGACUCCAUGCAUUCUAGAGCCCAUGCAUUAAAGACUCCAUGCAUUCUAGAGCCCAUGCAUUAGACUCCAUGCAGUCUAGAGCCCAUGCAUUAAAGACUCCAUGCAUUCUAGAGCCCAUGCAUUAAAGACUCCAUGCAUUCUAGAGCCCAUGCAUUAAAGACUCCAUGCAUUCUAGAGCCCAUGCAUUAAAGACUCCAUGCAUUCUAGAGCCCAUGCAUUAAAGACUCCAUGCAUUCUAGAGCCCAUGCAUUAAAGACUCCAUGCAUUCUAGAGCCCAUGCAUUAAAGACUCCAUGCAUUCUAGAGCCCAUGCAUUAAAGACUCCAUGCAUUCUAGAGCCCAUGCAUUAAAGACUCCAUGCAUUCUAGAGCCCACGCAUUAAAGACUCCAUGCAUUCUAGAGCCCAUUCAUUAAAGACUCCAUGCAUUCUAGAGCCCAUGCAUUAAAGACUCCAUGCAUUCUAGAGCCCAUGCAUUAAAGACUCCAUGCAUUCUAAAGCCCAUGCAUUCUAGAGCCCAUGCAUUCUAAAGCCCAUGCAUUCUAGAGCCCAUGCAUUCUAAAGCCCAUGCAUUCUAGAGCCCAUGCAUUCUAAAGCCCAUGCAUUCUAGAGCCCAUGCAUUCUAAAGCCCAUGCAUUCUAGAGCCCAUGCAUUCUAUUAAGUGUUGUUUAAGAGGCCAGCUUCAAUUUAAGCCUGUCUGCAGAAUUAGUGUCUACAAAUGCAGAGUGGACUUUAUUCUAUGAUUAAUCAUUUGAUGUUAUUUUUCUGCCCCAAGAAGUUAUUGACAUGACAGUAAGGCUGUCUGGAUCUGUGUGUAGCUGGUCUUACUGCUCACCUCCUGUGGUGCUAGCCAGCUGGCAGUUGUUUGCUGUACAUUUGCCUUGUGAGAAUACAUACUUAUUGAAUACUUAAUUAAACACUGGUUGUAAUGUUAA